GUUGAAUGUUUUACAAAUGGCGUCGAAGUCGCAUACUCUUGAUAGCCGCGCAGAACUGAAUGAGCUUGUACGCAGACGAUCGGAAAUCGCUGUAAGUUGGUCAACAUCUUUCCGAUUUAUCGUAAAAUUAUUGGAAUCAUGGCAUAAGUUGUUUAAUCUUGAAUAUUAACGUCAUAUUUUGAGAUAGUAUAAUCAGGCUCAUAAUACAGGCUUACUUUGGACCAUAAUUUGACUGGAUACUUUUCUGAAUUUCCAUUUUGUGUUACUUUUGGGGUAUUUAUACUUUACACUCUUUUAAUAAAAUUAAAAUUUGGAUUUUAUAUAUAUAUAUUUUUUAUAAAAGAGAGUUAAUUAUAAUAAUUAAUCUUACUGCUAUUAAAAUUGGUAUUUUUAUAGGGCCCACAUUUUAACAUUAUUUAUAUUAUUAUUAUUGAUUAUUGUGAUUAUAUUAAUUUAUAUUAAUUUCAGUUUCUGUUGGUGUUAGCAUUAGUAGUGUCAGUAACUCAAGUAACUUAGUAACUGUACUUUACUAGCGUUUUAUAAUGUAUUUAGAUACUUUUGUCAAAAAUUUAAACAUUUUGUAAAAAUAAACCAAUGGCAUAGUUGAAUAGAGCUAAUUUUUUUACAGAAUUAUAACACCUAAAUCAUAUUUUUAGCUGUUGUAGUUUUAAAGUUAUGAAUUUUUAAAGUACGACUUGGUUUGUCCUUUUUUAACAUGGACUCCAUCUCCACUUUCUGUGACCUCAUUCCGCUGAUCGCGUCAUGCCCAAUGACUAUAUAGUUUAUAUAAGGCAACACAUCUAAGGCUUUAAUUAAUUAAAGCUUUCCCUGACCAAUGGUUUAAUAUUUUUUGUACACGGCAAAUUUUUAUGAAUGGAACUCUGAGAUAGUACUACGAUAUAGCCGUUAUGCAAGUGGCUAUGGUUGCCAAUGACAACGUGUUGCACACGGAAAAUUCUGAUCAUUUAUGAUUAUGGACUCUACAGGGUUUUUAAAGCUCAAAUUAAAACAUUCCAGUUUAAAUGUCUUCAAAAUGCAUUCUGAAACACAAGUUAUCAAAUAUUUUGAUGUAUAUGGUGGUAAUAAUUAAAUAUUUCCUAAGUAUCGGCAACUUCCGCCAUUAAAAAGGGGACGUGGCCCACGCCAUGUCGAAUAUGGUAAUGCAGGUUACUUGGACAUGCGUAGCGAACGUUGGAACGACCUACAUCAAUGAGAAUUUGCAUACAUACACAUCAAUAUCUUGUGUUUAUCAGAAUUAAAUAUGAAAAUUAAAAUUACAUGCAUAUAAAAAAAUUAAAAACUCGGAUUCUAUUGCGCCGACGACCAUUUCCGAUACAAAUUUUCUGGGAGUGUCUCUUGCUUCGACGAAGUAUCUACUGUAUUGCACACUGUAACCCCAUUGUGGGUAUACCAAAUGAAUUAUGAAUUGGCCCAUAAAACAUUGGUUUAAAAUGUUAAACCAGGUAUAGUUGAAUAGUUGGAAAGUAGAAGAGUUCUUACUUUUUAUUGAAAUGAAAUAAAUAAGAAAUAUGAAAUUUUGGGGAAUUUUUUAAAUACUUAAAAUGUUUGGUUCAGCCUUCAACGUCAAAUGUUUCAAACAAUACUAAUGAAAGUGAUAGCAUUUGAAGUGAAAGUGAUAAUAAUCGUGAUAUUGAAAAUGAGAGUUGUGACGAUAGUGAUAGUAAUAGUGAAGCAUCUGCAAAAGAGUCUCUUCCCUGGAGUGCUACUCUAACUACUCUUGAUCCAGUGGAAAUUGACAUCAAGAGUUGUGCUUAAAUUUAAUUUUUAAAAUCUCAAUAUUGAAUGUAUUCAUCUAAUGUAAGAAUAUACCAUGCCCCAACAUCAAAGCUAAUGUCCCAUUUUAAUUUUCUUAUGGACAUUUCCCGUAGCCUUAUGAAAGGGUCUAAAAAAAAGAAGAAGACAUGUGGAAGUGCAUGCUGCUGGUGGUUUGACUGUUUCAGGAACUUCUUUGGAGCAUCCCAGGAUUCUGCUCCCAGGUUGUAAAAACUAAGUUUCCAGUAUCAGCAGUAAAACAUUGGCACUGAGUCAAACAAAAGUGUGUUUGGAUUUUUUUGUGUAAUAUACACCUUUAUGAUGAGUUUAGCUCAUUUCCGUCAAAACUAAACUGAGGAACUGGUUUAAUAAUAAAAGCAAAGAAAUUAUCCUGUAAAAUAGAAUUUUUAACAUAAUUUUUUUAGUAUGUGUGUAGCUAUAUAACACACCCAUACACAUUUGGUAUCAUCUGGAUGAAUUUUUAACAUAUUUUUCAACUUUUAUAAUUUUUUUACAUAUGUAACUUAUUUAAUACACCCAUACAUAUUUAGUAUCAUCUGAUAGAUAAUUCUAAUCUUGGUGAGAUGCAUUUAAUUUUGUAAAAGAACUUAAUUAGUUAUUUACAGUUCUUUCCCUUACCUUGGGUUAAUAAUAUGGAUGUUUUACGGUCAAGGCAAUGGGAAGUUAAUGGUUAAGAAAUGACCUCUUAAAUCCACAGGUGGUGCAAUGCUUUCAGGAGCUGAUGUCUGAAAAACUUGAUGUUACUUUUUAAGAAAUGUUGCUGUUUCGAAAGGGCUAAUUAACUAAGAAAAUUGUUUAAUAUAAUGUUUACUACUAAUAACUAAAGGCUGUUAAUCUGGAGCUGAUUGUGGUUGCAAUGUUUACUAUACUAGAAAAUAUAGAUAGGCAGUAUUUUUUUUUAGUGACUUUUCUUUUUAAUAAUAUUUUUUAAAAUUAAAAUUUACUUCAAUAAUUGAUAAGUACUUUUCCUAAAAUAGCUGUAAAGAAUAAACACUUCAGAUUUGAAGUGUUAUUGGAAUAUGAUAUUACUAGUAUCCAGUAAUUGCAAGUACUUAAUAUUAUAAGUAUUUCUUUUUGGUGGUGUUAAGCCUAGUAUCAUUUUACUCAUAAUGGCAGUAAUUAACAGCAAUAAAAAUGAUAAAAUGUUAUUACUUAAAUUAGGGCCUAACACUAAUCAUUUUCUUUUACCAGGACACACUUCAUAAUUUAGAAAGACAAAUCUAUGCAUUUGAAGGCAGCUAUUUAGAGGAUACUCAAUUGUAUGGAAACAUCAUCAAGGGAUGGGACAGAUACCUCACGAAUACAAAGUUAGUAUUAUUAUAUUUUUUAUUUCAAAUAUUGCAUAAACAUACUUAUCUGUUUGAAUAGCCAUAUUUUUGUUUCUCAUUUUACCGGUAUUAGUAUUAGCUUAUUGACAUUGAUGGAGUAAUGUUGAAAUUUUUUUAAAAUUCAUACUUGGGAGCAAUGCUAUCUCUUUCUUUCAUACUUUUAGAAAUACUAAUAGCAAGGCAGAUAAACGUAACAGAAAAUUCAAAGAAGCAGAUAGAUUAUUCUCCAAGUCGUCGGUGACGUCAGCAGCAGUAAGCUUCGUACUUAAUUCAACAUACUAUUAAUUAUAAAAUAUCUGAAAAGUAUUUAUAUUUAUGUUUAAUCAGUUUUUUUAUAUGCUGUAUUUUGUUAAUUGUGAGUGUGUUAUAAGUACCCUAUGAUUUUUAAAAAAAAUAUUUUGGUAUCCUAAUUUACAAGCUAGUGGGUUUAUAUUAUAUUAUAUAAAUACAUGUGUGCAUUAUUAGAUGUGGGAUUAUAUUUUUUUUCUACUUCUUCUACAGGCAGUAGCUGGUGUUGCUGAGAAUGAAAAAAGUAUGUUGCAUUUUUUAAAUGUUUCUUCACAUUCUUUUAAACACUUCUUUAUCAUUGUGCAACAUUUUUUAAGCAGCAUUUCCCAUCUGUUGCUUACAAACAGAGAAGAGAUAAAAACUUGUUUUUUUGGAUCUGGCAACUUGGAUUUUAUAUUUUUGCCAUCUUAGAAAUAAAAUUAUAUAAACAAUAUUAGACAAACAUGGGGACUGACAUGUGAUAUAAAAAAUGUUUGUUAAACAUGUGAUGAAUAAAAGGAAAUUUAAUUUAAUUAUUCUGAGUUCUGAUGUAACUACUUUUCAUUUGCUUUUGAAGGAGAGCCUGCGAGCCCCGAAUCUAAUACAACAACACCAGCUGUACAAACUAAUGGGGCAAGUUCUCCAACUGGCAGUACGGCAAGCAGUGGCAAUAUCCCAGCAAAUACAGCAUCUACCGGCAAAGUCAUGAAAUCUGCGUCCAAACACAAAAAGUCAGCUAAAAGUAAAGCAAGAAGCAGGUGAGGAAAGCUUGUUUUUGAUAAGUUAUUCAAAAAAUUAUGAUGUAAAUUUUUGUUUUAAAGUACCGUUACCAAAAUCUUUGCCUAACUGUAUAAAGGGUGUUUCGACUCAAAAAAUACCAGCAUUUCAGUUCUGGAUCAGUAUUUAACAAAUUUUCAUUUCUGAACAUUAUUUUUCAACGGCUUUUUGAAAGGUCUUAAACUACCAGUUACUGCAAGGUUUGCAUGAGGACAAUUCAAUGGCUUACAUUGGCAAAUUUUAAGAUAGUUAAGCACUGUGCCUCUUUACAAAAUGUAUAGCAAAACUAUUUGUGUGCCACAUGUUUUAUAACCUAGGGCUAGUUUUUUACUUUUUAUGACAAAAGAAUGCAAUACAUUUAAAUUUGUUUGCAUUUUGUAUAUAUUUUAUGAAUCUCAAAUUUGCCCCUGAUUCGACUAUCAGUUCUUGGUCGAUUAUUAUGUUAUUGUAAAGAAUGCAGAAAAUUGUGGCGAUUAAAAACAUCUGUUGGGAGUGUCUUAAUAAUGGCAAUCUCUGUGUACUUUUUUGUUCUACUAUCAGAUCUGAAGGUAAACAGAAAAAGGGCAAAGACUCCAACAGUUGUAAGUGA